GUUGCUUGUCUCUUUCUUCUUUGAGACGACUGUGUCCGGAAAACUUGUUUUCAGGUUUUGCCGCUGCGAUUCCGAACAACAAGCAAGAAGCAGAAGGAAGUCGUUACAGAGGUCCUGCCAACAGCCAAAACUUUUCGGCCGGUGGUUGGUGGUGUUGGUGACUCUGGUGUUGGUGCAGUGAGCAAGAUCCAAGCACCUUCGCUUCCAAGUGUGCGCGAGCAGCUCGCGACCCACAAGCAAGCAAACAAACAAACAAGCAACAAGCAAGCAAGCAACAAGUCUCACCUCUUCCCUCCCCUUCCCCAAACGCACACAGACACGACGCACACGUUCACGCAUCGCAUUCCUUCUUGCUGACUGACCGCGGUGUUUGUCCGUUCCUUCCGUGUGUGUGUAUGAGUGUGUAUUUCGCUCCCACGCACGACAUCACCACGUCCGCCCUCGAUCUUCUCCCUCAGCCACCGCCAACUCACCGCAGCGAGCAGCCAGCUGUGUCGCAUCUCAGCAGACCCCCCUGCCUCGCCCCCAUCCCUUGCACGCAGAGACGCCCAGGUGCGUUGCCACGUCAACAGCAAGCAAGCAAGCACCUUCAAAGGUUUCCGGCUUAUUGCUCGACCCAGACCAACAUCAAGCUCGUGACCCGUCGGCAUGGCAGAUGAAGCUUUCUACAUCCACGUUCACUUCCCGGACGAUCUCGGCAGCCCACGCAUGUGUCGGGCGUGGAACCCGAAACAGACGGUGCGCGAGGUUGUGCAACCCAUGGCAGCAAGCUUCAAGGUUGACUUGAACGAGUGCUCUGUGUUCCUGUUCUACUCUGGAGUCCCCAUUGAGUGGAAGGACGAGGUUGGACACGUGCAGUUUGAGGAGAUCCAGAUUGCCUACUCCGACUCGCCGCCACCCAAGGGUGUACCUGGCAUUCACAUUCUGCGGCGCAAGGAGGCAAUCAGUCUGCUUGAACGCCACAAGAACGACAGCGGCUGCUACAUGGUUCGCCCGAGCGAAAGCAGCUCAUGCUACGUCCUUUCCGUCAUUGGCAGAGGCGAAGUGAAGCAUUUUCGCAUCAUCGCCAGUUACGGCCCGCAGUCUGUGCCGACGUUUCAGAUCAGCAAUCGUGUCUUCUCGCGCCUGACAGAGCUGAUCACCUUCUACCGAACAAAGCCGCUCGUGUGCAAGGCAACAGGCACCACCAUCCUCCUCACCCACCCGCUCACGGACAGACGCAUCAGCAAGCGCCGCCGCAAGCAGCCGCACAUGAGUGAACACGGUGCAGUGUCUCCAGCACCUCCACAACAUCACCAUCAGCAACACUGCCAGCAGCAGCAGCAGCAGUCCCCCGCGCCACUUCCGCGCGGGCGCUCCCCAAGAACCCCAACAAGUGGCAGCAGCGGUAACUUAGCAGGCGUGCGUGUGACCACACCGCCUCCACCUCACUCGCGGCGAACGCACAGCGCAACACCGCCGCCGCCGCCAGCCAUGCUUGAGGAUGCGUGCUACGACAACAUGUUGCAAGGCAAGGCAGUGCAUUCGCCAAGCCCCGGCCGACGCACGCCAGAACUGCCUGCGCACUGGCACAAGGCGUUCUCUCCGGAGCACAACAACCAGCCCUACUACUACAACGACCGCACACACGAAACCACGUUUGUGCCACCUGUGCCACCGCGCCACACAAAACCUUCAAGGCGAUACGAGCGACCCAUCUCGGCCCGCACACGACCAGCCCCCACCACACCCACAGAGAUCCACCACCACCACCAACAACAACACCAACACCAACACCAACACCAACACCAACACCAACACCAACAGAACCACCAGCAGCAGCAGCAGCAGCGGUGCGAUUCCCUCGGCCAAUAUCAUCCGCAAGAGGACCGACACCACACGAGCAACCACGAGCAAUUUGACGCGCACGAGCAGGAACAGCGCGUGCGCAGUCGUUCGCAUGGUGAGCGCCGCCAGUAUUCGCCAGGGCGGGACGCAACGCCUUGCUCCUCCGCUGUCACGUCGUACAACGCGAGCGGCAGGUCGACAGGCCAAUUCGGUACCAACACCACCAGCAAGACCAACAAGGACGGCAGGGUCAUGUACGUGUGGUGUGCGCUGACCACUGACCUGAUUGACGAUGCCACCGGCGCUGUGUGUCGCGAGGUGUACUACUACAACCGCAUCACGCGCGAGAGCGUGUGGGAGAAGCCGCUCGACUACCCAGGCGACGCCCUCGUGCGUCGUGGCAGCAAAUACGUGCGGCUGCCGCGUGAGAGGGUGCAGCACCACAUGCGCACACGACGGCGAUCAAGCAGCAGCCACCCCACGGACGGCUGCCACCCCACGACAGGCUGCGCGCCGGAUGACAUGAGCAGUGGCGGUAGCUACACCAGCAGCGACACCAGCAGCAGCAGCAGCAGCAGCAACAGCAGCAGCAGUGGCAGCAGUCACAGCAGCAGCAACAGCAGCAGCAGUCACAGCAGCAACAACAGCAGCGACACCAGCAGCAGUCACAGCAAUAGCAGCAGCAGCGGUAGCAGCAGCAGUCACAGCAAUAGCAGCAGCAGCGGCAGCAGCAGCGUGCGUGUGACCGGCGACGGUGUUGCUGGCCAUCGAGGUGGUGGCGUCAGAACAACCCGUCCUGAAGGCAAGUCCGCACCAGCAACAUUCAACAUUAUUGAUGCAGGCCACGCAGGCCAUAUGCUGAGACAGCAAGAGCAGCAGCACCGCGACCACAGCGCUGACACGCCGCAGCCUGGCGAAGGCGGUAAUGCCGGUGACGGUGUGUCGAGCCUCACAGCAGCGUUGGCGUGGACGCAUGUGGGCGAUGACCAAGCGCAGAUUAUGGCAAGUGCACAGGCAGCAAAGGCAUCGUCGUCAAGCCCGCAGUCGCAAACAACAACGCUGUCGACGCUGGCGUCUUCAUCGUCACGGCACUCCAGUCUGCGCACCGUGCAAUCCGUGGCGGAUGAUGAUGGGCCAAUGCCGCUCGGAGCGGAAGCAGCACAUCGCGCAGAGAAUACUGACCAGUGCUCACAAGCAGAUGGCGCAGGCAUGAUCGUUGGUGGUGGCAGCAGUACCAACGGCGAUGAUGACAAUGAGAGCGCAGACUCCCUGUGUGGAGAUGUUGGUACCGCGAUUGUGGAGGAUGAAUCCGAUACAACGCUUGAUGCCCUGUUUCCAUUGCCACCACCGCCUCCGCCGGCUCCACCAAUGCACAACUCACCCGCCAAGCCGCCAGCAUGCCGUCCCACGCAGACUGGCCAGCCAGUGCUGAUGCACAAUCUCGAAGACCAGCUCCGCAACGCUGCGAGCGCCCUGAAGUCGAUUCCGUCCACGCCACCAGAGAAAGAAAUGAAAGGCCGUCUUCCAGCGCCGGGUCGACGCGGUGAUUCGGAUGAAGCUGAGGAUGACAGCAGUGAUGAUUCCUCCGAUUACGAGUGGGGCUACGACUCAGAUACCAACUGA